UGAACAUGACAACCUGAAAACAGUUGAUUGUUUCCAGAUUCUUGUUAGAAUUGCGACGUAAUUUCAAGUCGCACGAACAUGAUUUCAAUGUUAACUGUGUUUGUUUGUCUAUCGUAUUGUAUUCCGAUUAAUAGCCACUUUGAAAAAGCGAGUUCGCCGCCGAAGUUGUUAGUGAUUUCAUUCGAUGGAUUCAGGUGGAAUUAUUUGGAGCGGACGUAUACUCCGCACUUCGACGUUUUCUUGAAAAAUGGAGCACACUCAAAGAAUGGCCUCAAGAACGCGUUCAUUACCAAUACAUUUCCAAACCAUUACACUCUAGCUACGGGAUUGUGGGAAGAAAGCCAUGGCAUCGUGGCCAAUACGAUGUACGACCCAAAACUGAAAGAAGUUUUCACUCUUGGCCUAUCAGCAUCAAAUAUAGCCGAUCAGAGGAGUGCAAAGUGGUUUGAUGAUGGCGGCGAACCCGUGUGGGUGAAGAACCAGCUUCACAACCCUCACCACAGAAGCGGCAUUGUGAUGUGGCCGGGAGGGGGUGCUCCUGUCAAGGGUGUCCAUGCUGUCCACAAUAUCUUGUAUGAUCCAUCUGUCAAAAACAACACGAGGGUAGAUACCAUUUUGGAUUGGUUCACAGCAACCUAUCCUAUCAACCUUGGUCUUCUUUAUUUUGAGCAACCAGAUGAAUUUGGUCACCAAUUUGGACCAGAUUCUAGACAGGUGACAAGAAUGAUCGGAGGGUUGGACGAUGUAGUCGGUUAUCUGUUGAAGCGUAUGAAAGAGAAGGGUUUGUUGGAAAAUACAAACGUUAUCAUAACAAGUGAUCAUGGAUUUUCAAACACUCCACCUGAAAAUGUUAUUAAUUUGGAUAAAUACAUUGAUCCAUUGUCAUACAAGAUAUUUGCAAGUGACCCAAUUGGAAAUAUUUUGCCCAAUGAAGGUAAGUAG